CUAAUUUUGGUAAAAUAUUACUUUUAGUACAAUGAUCAUCUUAAUCAGUUACUUUCAAUGCCAGAUGAUAAAUAUCCAAUACUAGGAGAGCAAAAAAUAAUUAAAUGAAUGAAUGAAAGAUGGAAAGUAAAACGAAAAGAGUUAUCAUAAUUCACAAAUCACAUAUAUAUCAUAAUCUUCCAAGGUAUAAAAUAAAACAGAGAAAAGAAAGAAGCAAACACGAAUUAAAAAAAUUUGAAUCCAUAAGUUAAUACAAGUAACAUGUUUCCAUCUAAAAAACUGUGUUUCUUUAUCUUUUAUAAAGACUAUAAUUAACCAAGUGAGAUCCACCACAAUAACGGAUCAACCAACGAAAUCCAAAAUCCACCUUCCAUUAGCUGUAAAAAAUCAAUAUGUUGGCUUGUACAAUACUGUCUUUCUCCCAUACAGAAAACCAAUUAUGACUGGUGAUUAGUGCAGAAUAUUAAUCGAAGUCCAGCUUUUGAUGUAAAGUAAAUAGCUUUUUCUUUUUGGAUGGCAAGUCAAAAGUUUUAUAUUAUGACCAAGCUAAAGGGAACCAAAAAGAGAAGAAAAAAAAGUGAAAAAGAAAGAAACAGAAGAAGUGACAUCGUUUUGAUCUAUUUCAGCUUCUUUGUAUUAUAUUGGAUAGCUUUAUUUUGCAUCAAGAAUUAGUUACAAAGUUGAUCCAUCGAAUAAUUUUGCAUGUCAACUUUGUUGAUAUAUAAUAAACCAUGGAAUCCAAUUUACACCGACCUUUUGUCUUUAACAAAUCAAUGUGAGCAACGCACCACAACCUUGUGAAAAGCAACCAACAAGUGGUAGAAAGAGAAGACUCAACCUAUAGUUGCAUCUAAAAUUCUCAAAUCUAAGCGUUUAGCUACUGGCUCUAGUUCUUCUCCGUUUGCCAAUUUGUAAUUUUUCAGUGUCUAAACUCCCUUCUGUUUAAGAAGAAAACAUGGCUGAAGCAUUGGUGGGUGGAGCUUUUCUCUCUGCGACCCUUCAGGUGCUGUUUGAUAGGCUGGCUCAUCGUGAGGUCCUAGACUACCUGGGUGGAAAGAAAUUCAAUCAUGGUCUGCUUAAAAAGCUGAAGAUAAUGUUAUUAUCUGUUAAUUCGGUGCUGAAUGAUGCAGAGGAGAAGCAAAUCGCAGACCCAGCAGUGAAGGAAUGGCUGGAUGAGCUUGAAGAUGCUGCAUAUGAUGCAGACGAUAUAUUGGAUGAGAUUGCAACUGAUGCUCUGCAGUACAAGUUGGAAGCUGAAUCAAGAACUGGCACAAGUAGUAAGGUGAGUAACAUGGAACUCAUUUCUCCCAAUUCCUAUGUUUCUGGUAUGGAGAACAGGUUGAAGGAGAUCCUUGAGCAGCUAGAGUUUAUUGCACAUCAGAAGGAUCUCCUUGGUCUCAAGGUCAAAGAGGGUGUUGGUGAGAAACCAAUACCAAGAUCACAAACGACAUCUGUGGUUGAAGAAUCUGAGGUCUUUGGUAGAGAUGGUGAUAAGAAUGCUAUAAUCAAAUUGCUGCUAGCAGGUGACGAGGGUAGCAAUAAUAAGGUGUCUGUGAUUCCAAUAGUGGGCAUGGGAGGGGUUGGUAAAACCACUCUUGCUCAAUUAGUGUACAAUGAUGAGAAAGUUGAGAAGUAUUUUGAGCUCAAAUCAUGGGUUUGUGUUUCUGAGGAGUUCAAUAUUUAUGAUGUAACAAAAACAGUCCUUGCUGCAGUAACUUCACCACAUUCUUAUGAUAGCACAACUUUGGAUUUGCUUCAAAACAGGUUAAAAGAGAAGCUACUAGGAAAGAAAUUCUUGAUUGUUUUAGAUGACAUGUGGAAUGAGAACUACAAUGAUUGGAAGGACAUGAGUGUACCUUUUAACCAUGGGGCUCGAGGAAGCAAGAUUAUUGUGACAACACGAAAUGAGAAUGUUGCAAGGAUCAUGCGCACUGUUCCAAUUCAUUAUCAUCUUGAGCACUUGACUGAUGAAGAUUGCUGGAAACUGUUUGCAAAGCAUGCAUUUGACAAUCUUUCAGAUUCGAGUGUCUGUCAAGUCUUGGAAACAAUUGGUAAAAGAAUUGUCAAGAAAUGCAAUGGACUGCCCUUGGCUGCUAAAACACUCGGAGGCCUCUUGCGCUAUAAAGAAGAUGUUGGCGAAUGGCUAAGAAUAGAAAAAAGUGAGAUUUGGGAUUUUUCAUAUAAGGAGAGUAAAAUUCUACCGGUUUUGAUGCUAAGUUACCACUACCUUCCCUCAUACCUAAAACGAUGCUUUGCUUUUUGUUCAAUAUUCCCCAAGUACUACAAAUUUAAACAGCAAAGUUUAGUGUUAUUGUGGAUGGCAGAGAAUCUUUUGCAGCAAUCAAAAACAAAUAAGAGAUCAAUGGAAGAAGUAGGUGAUGAAUAUUUCAAUGAGUUAGUGUCAAUGUCAUUUUUUCAAAGAUUAAGUGCAAAAGAACAUUGGUUUUUCAUGCAUGAUCUUGUUCAUGAUUUAGCAAAAUAUGUAUCUAGGGAAUACUGUUUUACAUUAGAAUAUGGCAAAUCAGAGGACGUUAUCACAAUGAAGGUCCGCCAUCUAGUUUUUGCAUGGUAUGUUCCCUUGAAAAGAUUAGACUCUCUAUCCAGAGUAACUCGUUUGCGCACCUUUUUACCUCUACAAGAUUUAUUACCUUUUGUAUCCAAUGAAGUAGUGAACGAGGCAAUAAAGAAGUUGAGGUGUUUGAGAGUAUUAAAGUUAUCUGGGUGUGGAAAUUUGAAUCAACUGCAUGGGUCAAUUGGUGAUCUAAAGCAUCUUCGUUACCUUGAUCUCUCUUCCACUCCAAUCAAAAGAUUGCCUGAAUCUGUGAGCAUGCUGUAUAAUUUACAGAUGUUAAAUUUAUCAAAUUGUUAUAAUCUCAUUCAGUUGCCUAAAAAUAUGCAUCAUCUCAUUAACCUGAGGCAUCUCAAUGUCAGAGGGUGCAACAAAUUAAAAGAGAUGCCAAGACAUAUAAAUAAACUGAAAAGUCUCCAGAGAUUGAGUACUUUCAUUGUGGGAAAAGGUGAGGGGGCUAAGAUAGGAGAGUGAUGGAACUUUCAGAUCUUCAUGGAGAACUUUCCCUUGAAAAUUUACAGAAUGUUGAAAGUGGUGAAGAUGCUUCGGAAGCCAAUUUGAUGGAGAAGCAGUAUCUGGAAGAGUUGAAGCUGUAUUGGAGUGGUGAUACUGAUGAUUCAAAACAUGACAAGAAUGUACUUGAUAAGCUGCAGCCGCACACAAACCUGAAAAGGAUUUACAUCCACAGAUAUGGAGGUACAACGUUCCCAAAAUGGUUAGGAGAUGGCUCAUUCUGCAAUAUAAUAUUUUUACUACUUUCUGAUUGCAAAUUCUGUGCUUGUUUGCCAACUCUGGGUCAACUAUCCUCCCUCAAAAAUCUUGAAAUUGAAGGACUUGAUGGAAUAGUGAGUGUGGGUGCUGAGUUGUAUGGGAUGGAUGGUACUUCUUGUACGAGGAUGGCAUUCCCAUCGUUGGAGUCCUUAAGAUUCAGUAAGAUGUCAAACUGGGAAGAAUGGUGUUCAUCAAUUGCUAUUGAAGAUGGUGAAGUUUUCCCCAAGCUACAAGAACUCAUAAUAUCGGACUGUGAUCGGCUGAUUAGCAUAGAUUUGUCUCACAACCUUCCAUCUUUAACAAAGUUAAGAAUUGAUGGAGAUGAGGUUGUUGUUUCAUCACUCCCGAGGACUCCAACUCUUCGCCAGCUGAUGUUAGGGGGCAGGUGUGAGAAGCUAGAGCUACAGAAACUGCCACAGACAAUGGAAACUAUUGCAAUCGGAAAUCGUUAUUCUAGAGCAGGCCCAAAUUGCUUAGAAAUCUUGAAUUGUGAGAAAGUAGAAUUCCCAUUAACGCACCACUCUCUCAGAAGGUCAUCCAUCCAAGAGGUUUAUGUAGUAAACAGUUGUGGUUCACUGGAAUCCUUUCCUCUGGAUUUCUUUCCCUGUCUCAGGCAUCUUAGCAUUGAAGCGUGUAAAAAUCUAGUAUCUCUGACAGUCACAAAGUCAGAUGAGCAGGACGUAACCACCACCCUAUCACUAUCAACAUUGAGCAUACAAGAGUGCCCCUGUUUUGUAUGCUUUCCAAAUGGCAGAUUGCAUGCCCCUAAUCUGACCGAGCUUAAAGUUAUAGGCUGCAAGAAAUUAAAGAAGCUGCCGGAUCAAAUGCAUAACCUCCUCCCAUCUCUGAAAUGCUUGUUCAUUGACGAUUGUCCAGAGGUGGAGUCAUUUCCUGAAGGUGGUCUGCCCUCCAAUCUUGCUCUUCUUUGGAUUAGAAAGUGCUCAAAACUCAUUGCACAGCGAAAAAAGUGGGAGUUACAAAAACUCCAAGCUCUUGUAGAUUUUCACAUCCUAAUAGAUUCUGAUGAUGAUGGUGAUAGUGGAGGAGAAGGCGUUGAAUGUUUUCCUGAGGAGGGGCUGUUGCCUUCCACUCUUACCUCUCUCCACAUCUAUGGAUGUGCAAGUCUUAAUAGAUUGGACAUCAAGGGGCUUCAACAACUCACCUCUCUCCAACGUUUGUGCGUCAGUCAGCACCCUCAAUUAUCACAGAGUUUGCCACAAUUGCAUGCCUCUUUUCCUCCUUCAAGGAUCGGUGAACGUAGUCCUGCUCUGGAAGAAGCGUUCUGUAACCAUAUUUCACAUAUCCCCCAUAGUGACAUCGAUUUUUGUCGAGAAUUCAAACCAAAGUCUCCCUUGGGUAGAAAAUAGAAAUAGUAUACAACCUAUAAUCCAAGUGGGUUGCUUCAUCCGCCACAACCAAUUUUGUUUGUAAUUUCAUUUGGGAUUAGGCUUGGAAGGAAAGUGCAAGUCUCAUCAGUUUUAAUGAUCUAUUGUAGAGAUAUGUGUAGCCACACUCCUACUCCUACUGCUUUUACCCUUAUGACAGAUAAGGUAACAACAUCAUAUAUUUCCAUUACUUGUUUAAUCCUAACGUUUAUUUAUCUCCUUGGAAUUCCUUCCUCUGUUUUUA